AUGUUCGUAACACGUGGAUACCUGUUGAUCUUCAUAUUAGCUGUUGCAUCCAGCGCCCCUAGAAGGCACACCAGAUCAACUGUACCGACAUGGCACUUACCGUGCGGUGUGGAGUUAGAAAUAGAGAUGGCUUCAACUUCAAACCUCGACGAAGAGGUUGGAUCUCUCAUAGAAAGCCUGAAGCUUCAACAUGGAUUGGCGAUGAAUGAUUACUUGAACCGAGACUACGACUUCCUUUACGAGAGGGUACGGAUCGGUGUUCACGAACACCAGUAUAUUCCCAACUGGAUUCCGGGCGAGAAGGACGUGGGCAUGAUCAAGAGGCUAAAGAACGCCCAGCCGUUGACGGUAAGCCUUAUCGCCAACAAUUUUCCUAAGUUACAUAUGGAUCUUCAGAAAUUCGCAGUUGCCUUCGAGGAACUGAUAGAAGACGAGACGAACCCGAAGGUCUACCAAGCGCUCGAAGCAACACAGUCUUAUUUAAUGAUGAUGUUGUGCGAAGUGGAAAGCAACAUCGUUGCACUGCCAUUUCUUCGAGUUCCAUCUCGAGUGGAGAGAAGUAUUAUGAGCAGGACUGAAAGACAUCCCGUGGAUGAUACCAGAAGAAUGGUUCGUGACUGGGGCGUACUUCUCAAGUACAGAAAUUACUUACACGCCUGGAAGCAUGUUUUCAAUAACUAAAAAAUCCCGUCAAGUAACAUGAAGCUCGAGAAAUAAUAAUGAUAACACGGGACAUCGUCAACGACGACGGUGCGAACUAAGUUUAACCCUUGUUCGGAUUAUGUGGACUGUAUCAACAGUACCUUCCAACAUAAUUAUUUAAAAAUUUAUUUAGAUAAUCUACUCCUUGAUUAUCUAAGUAACUGUAGAUACUCAUCAAAUAAUGUAAAUGCUGCGAAGUAUAUUAGUUUACACUUAACAAUUCUGUAAAGUAGUAGAGUGGUCUCGCACAAAUGGACUCGAUAAUGGACUCGAACAAGUUUAUAGAUCAAAAUUUGGAAGUCUGAAAAGGGUUAAUUUUUAAACGAUAAAAGUCGAGUCAAUAAUAUACAAUUUAGGAACUUUUAGAAGUAAAAGUUAAAUUUAGCACGUUGAAUUCUGCAGGGAAAACCGAAUAUAGUAAAGUACAUUAUAAUUAUAAUUAGUCGGAACAUAGUAGUUUAUAAUUUUUAAAAUUAUUUUUUUAAAUUUCUUUUCCUCAAUUGUUCGAUAAUAUGUAAUUCACGGCAUAAGCUUUCGGUAUUCACAGCAGUAUUCAAUGUGUUAAACUGCAAAUCCUGCAUUGGUGACUGCGCCAAUUGAGAGUUAAAUGAGCAGUGCAAACUGACUUAUUGUUAGUGUUUAUGGAUCGUGAUUAUCAAGCAAUAUGCACGAUCGGAGAAACAACUUUUUUAAUGAUGAUCUUUGAGAUAAUCGACUUAUU